GCCCACUGGUUUAGCCUUCAAUCGCCUGCUCCGGCGCGCAGUCCGCGGUGAAUCCAAAACGGAACAUAACUGGGCGUAGCGUGGUGCGGCGCGGCCCGGUCAUGGAGGCGGUAGAGACGCAGGCGGAAGCUGCAGUUUUAGAGGUCCUGGCUGAAGUGGCAGACAUUGGGGAACCUGUAGGCUUACAGGAAGAGAUGGAGCUGCCAGCUCGGAUCCUGGCUGAGUUUUUGAGCAAUUCCCGAAAGAAAGACAAGCUGCUCUGCAGCCAACUUCAGGUAGUAUACUUCCUACAGAAUUUCCUGGCUCAGGAGGACAUUGCCCAGGACCUGGGCCCCUUGGCUUCUGAAGACGUGAGCCGACAGAAGGCAACUGAAGCCAAAGAACAAUGGAAAGAGCUGAAGGCUACCUAUCAAGAGCAUGUAGAGGCCAUAAAAAGCACCCUGACCCAGGCCCUGCCCCAGAUGGAGGAGGUCCAAAGGAAGCGUGUUCAGCUCCAGGAGGCCUUUGAGCAGCUCCAAGCCAAGAAGCAAGCAGUAAUGGAGAAAUUCAAAGCCGCCCAGAAGCAGCGGAAACUACAACAGGAGAAACAUCUGCAGAGUCUGGCAGAAGUCUCUGCAGGGCUGAAGGAACGUCAGAAGGGAAUUCAGCAGAAGCUUGAGCAGCUACAUCAGGAACUUGGAACCUUGAAAAAGCAGGCAGAAUGGGAACAGGAUAAACUGCAGAGGCACCAGACCUUCCUUCAGCUCCUGUAUACCCUGCAGGGUAAGCAGCUGGUCCCUGAGGCAGAGGCUGAGAGCAGAGCUACUACAGGAGCUACCCUUCCACAUGUAACUGCUUAAGGGUAUGGAAGGAAGGUGAACCCCUGGUGUGCCUUUUACUGCAUUUGAGCUCUGCUACCCAUUGAUGGGAUUGGAAGUGGGAAGAAGGAAAGAGAUGUUAUGGUGAAGCUUGGUUCAUCAUCCCUAUGCCAGACCCAUCUGGUCUAACCCUCUCUCCAUCUUCCCCAGCAGAUUGGAUUAUGAAUGCUUGAAUACAGCCUGAUUUCUGACUGUGACCUAGGUGGGUCAGCCUCUGAAGUCUGUCAAUUAAAAGUCCUGGCUAUCUCAGUUACCUGUUUGUUCAUCUUCACAAGCUGGUAGAAAGAACUACAGAUUUUCAAAGGCUAAUAACAUGAUAGGUGUUGGGACAGGUGUGAAACAGAUGGUGUAAAUGGCCAGGGCCUUGAGUUUUUUGCCGAAAUCCACAUGAAGCAAAUAUGCUGAGCUUAAUUCAAGGAGACUAUUUACACAGGUGGAUAAAUGGAGGAAGAUAUUGUUUUUCAUUAACCCAAAUGUUUGUUGAGUUCCUGUGUUGUGCUAAGGACCCAUGAUGUGAACUGGAGGAGCUACAGUGAUGAGCUCAUUUAACCUUUAAGAAUGGCCUAAUGUUACAUUCCUGAUACCCCUUUGUGUGUUAUCUAAUACUUUCCUUGGUUACUCUUCAGAUGCUUGUUCAUUUUAUUACGUUGAAAGAUUGGUUUUUAUAGUCCAGCAUUGAAUGUUAUGUUUCAUUAACUUGUGGUUUCUGGAUCAUUUCCUUGCUUGUAACUUUGGGUGGAGAAUUCUACUUUUGUAAAUUCUCAUUUUUAUCAGAUAACAACUCUCAAUAUUUGUUUUCCCAAAUAAACACUUAAAAUUAUAAUUUCUUCCUCUAAGUUUUCACAAUCAUCCAAUUCAUGCCAUUUUUAAUUUUCUCUUUUUUUCUUCUUCCUGAAUUUCUUUGAAUAAUAAUUUUGAAGUUUUCUGCUAUAUCUUUGUGGGAAGAUAAUCUUCAUAAAUUCUAAUUUGGCUAGAGAAUGUUACCUGCAUAAUUAAAUUUUAAAACAGAAGCCUCAAUUUUUAUUUUAUUUUUUUAAUGUCUGAUAUGAGAAAAGAAUGUUUCUCUUAGAAUUGUAUGUAGUAUUUUCUCUUUGUUAGAUUAUGUUUGUGUAUGUGUGUGUUUGGUUAUAAUUUUCUAUAUACUUAGAUUUUUGUGGUCUGAGUAUUAUCUUCUCUGAGAGGUAUGUUCAAGUCUCCAGCUAUGAUAGUGGCUUUGUUUAUUUCUUUUAGUAGUUAAGUUUGCUUAUUGUGAUUUACAGCUGCUUUGUUAAGGUACAUAAAUGUUGACAUUUAUAUCUUUCUUCAGAACUGAACCUUUAUUGUGCCAGAACUUUACCUUUAUUGUGCCAUUGCUCUCUAAUCUUUAAGCCAGCGGUUUUAGACUUGAAAUUAAAUACUUUUAAUAUCAAUAUAACUUUGCUGAUUCUCUUUUGGUUAUUCUUUGUCUGUCAUAUCUUUUCCUACUUUUCAAGUAGAACAUUUUUGUUUCAAUCUUUCUUCAUCCUUAAAUUUACCAUUUCAUGCAGCAUUUAAAAGACUAUUUUAUAAAAAAAAAUAAGGUUCUAUAAUAUUUGUCUUUUCGAUUUUAUAUUUGUGUCAUUUUUUCAUGUGCUCUUAUUUAUAUCUUGUUUUUUUUUUUGUAUCCUAUUGUUCUUACUCUUAUUCUUCUUAUUUAGAAGCUUUUCUCCACUAGUUUAGUUUUCAUACUUAACAAAAUCUUAAGUGUAAAGAAUAUUGAUCUUCUUCACCGAUAAAUGGAGUCUAGAAGGCCAUUACCAUUGACGGAUCAUCCCAUUAUUAACUACUGUUUUUGCCUAGUGUAUUACUUGUAGCCUGUUUUCACAAAUUAGACUUGUUUUAUUUAGUCACUGCUUAAUUUAUUCAUUUAUUUACCAUUCUUGCCUAUUUUAUUUUUGCAUUUUUGAACUUUUCAUAUGAAAUAAUAUCACCUUGUGGAGAUUUUCCUUUAGUGUUUGUAGCCUAUACAACACUUUAGUUUUUAAUAUGAAAAUAUUUUCGCUUCUAGUGGUGGCACACUCCUGUAAUCCCAGCAUUGUGGGAGGCUGAAGAGGCAUGACUGUUAAGUUCAAGACCAGUCUUGGCAACUUAAUGGAAUACUGUCUCAAACUAAAAAAUGAAAAGGGUUGAGAGUGUAGCUCAGUGGUAGAAUGUCCCUAAAUUCAAUUCCCAGUACCUAAAAAUAAGUGAUUUCACCCUAAUUCUUGAAAAUACUUUCAUUAUAUAAAAAAUGAUUGGAGUCAGGCACUUUCACUUAACAUGAAAUAUAUGUUCCCAUGUUGAUCUGACUUUCAUUUUUGCUGAUGACAAAUCAGCUAUCAGUUUUAACAUUCUGUGAUAUUUUGUUUUAUCCAUGGCUACUUAAACAACUCCUCUAUUUUUGGUGCUUUACUGAAGUUGUACUAAGAGUAUAGUAUUGUGUUUAUGAAUAGUUUGGGGUGUGCUUUUUCUUUUUUCCCUUUUUGGCAUUAACUGGACUUUCUAAGUCUGCAAUUGUCAGUCUUUUAAGAAAUAAAAUGUAUUUUCAGAUUGGCUUUAAAAUGUGCUCUUAUCACCCUUUCAUAUUACUUUCCUCUAAGACCUCAAUGAGAUUUUCUUUAUUUUUUCUUCAUAUUAACUGUCUUUUGUAUUUAUCAUUAUUCUUUUUCUCUAGGUUGCAUUCUAGUUUCCUUAAAUUCGUUAUGUUAAUUGCCUGUAGUUAAUCUAGAUUAAUUGUUGAAUCAUUAACUUAAGUUUUAAUUUCUUUUUUUGUUUUUUAUUUCAAGAAGUUAGACCUGAGUCUCUUUUUGAGCAGGGGUGGGGGUUAUAUUUUUGGUUGUGGCUCAAGGAUCAUAUUUCGAGCCAGCAUUUUAUUACCUUAGACCGAAUAUAUGUAAACACUUUGUUCUACUUGGUGGAAGAGUUUAUAAUUUAGAAUUUUGUGGGCCAAUAUCACAUAUUUUUUUGUAUUUGUAUGUUGUAGUCUUACAAUGAACUGUUCAUUGUUUUCUAAACUUUAUAAGUAUAUAUUGAACUCUCAUAUAAAACAGGAGGAAUUUUGUUCACUUCUGUCCACUCAUGGAUACUAUUUAGAAACAUUUAGAAAAAUUAUAAAAUAUGUAGUUUUAUUGUUCUUUAUAUCUGUAUGUUUUCCCACUUUUUAUUUCUGUUGAGGACUUUUGCCUUUUUUACUACUUCAUUUAAAAAGCACAAAAUGGCUUUAAUACUGCUUUUAGUGUGUUCUUUUAUUAUUUUCCUAUUGUCUUUUGUUUUCUUAUGCUUUCUUUUUCAAUAUUUGUAUAAUUAAAAAAUAAUAGAAAUAAUAUUUGAUAAAUGCCCCUUUCUUCUGAUAAAUACAUUUUAGCAUGCCCAUUUUUAUUUGAGUACCAUGCUGAGAGUAUCUCAUAUUUUAAUACAUGAUCUGUACAUUAUUACUAAAUAGAUUGUAAUUUUAGUGUUAACUCAAGGAAGUUUCUUACAUUGCUUUUACUUUUCAAAUGUCUUUAGAAUACUGUUUAGUUUCUAAAUGAAUUUGAGAGAAUUAUUUAUCAUUUUUCAUCCACCAAUUUUUGUGAUUUUUACUAUUAAUUUUUAUAUCAUUUGUAUCAAAUGAUGAAACCUAUAACUCAUUUAUUAUAUAUUUACUAGUUAUAUAUAUAUAUAUAUACACACACACACACCUAUGUAUGCAUUUUGUAUGUGCAUAUGUAAUCGUAGUGCUUGAAGAGGAAAGAUACACAAAUAUUUGUUGAAAAUAUAAAUAGUUUUAAAAAAAUGAAAAAGGAACAUAACACAUACAUGAGGUUUUAAGUCUGACUUAAAGAAUUUGUAUGGGGCUGGGGAUGUGGCUCAAGCAGUAACCACGCGCUUGCCUGGCAUGCGCGGGGCACUGGGUUCAGUCCUCAGCACCACGUAAAAAUAAAAUAAAGAUGUUGUGUCCACCAAAAACUAAAAAAUAAGUAUUAAAAAAUUCUCUCUCUCUCUCUUUAAAAAAAAAAAAAAGAAAAAAAGAAUUUGUACGACGUUUCACAGAAGUUACACCAGAAAAGGCAUUUUACUUACACAUUUCAACUUCUGUUCCAUCCACCUUUUCCAAACUAUUCCUUUUUUCUGACAGAGGUCUAAAUAUUAAAAAUUCUCUUAACACAUCAUUUUCAUACUGUCCUUGUCCAUCCCACCAGUCAGGAGUAUUAAUUUCCAAAGGAACCGUACAAAAAAGAUAAAACUUUUUCAAGGUACUAUUUUCUAAGUUUUUUUUUUUUAAUAUUAAAAGGAUAAUACCCACUUGAAUCAAAUUGUGAAAUAUGAUAUAUCAAGAACUAUGUAAUGUUUUGAACAGCCAACAAUAAAAAAUUAAAAAAAAAAAAAAGGAUAAUAAACAUUUUUUAAAAAUUCCAGGUGAUGUCACAUGUCAAUAAACUGUUCUGUAGGCCUGCCUGGGCCUGGUGCAAGAAAUGGAACAGUUUAUUAAAUAUUCUUUAUUUGUGUGAUUUUUGUCAGGUAAAUAUUCUUGAUAUUCUGGAUAUUUCUGGCAAAGGUAAUCCCUCUCCUUCUAUCUUUACAACUUAAAAAUUUAUAAAAUCAAGACACUUCUAAUAUUUUACCCUGUUUAUAAUCUAAUAAAAAAGGCUGUUUUCUGCUUCUCUUUUUUACAUUACUAAAAUUUUGUGUUUUAUGGAAAUGGCAAUCAGUGAAUGUGUUGUCCGUCCCCUAAAAACAAAUGCCUUUUUCCCCCUUUGUCAUGAGUUCAUAUUUAUGUGAAAAUGGUCUGUGUAUUUUAUCAUUUUCAUGAGCAUAUUCUUCCAAAGAGGAUUAAAACAAAUAUCUAUGAAGUAUAUGGAAUUAUCAGUCAUAAUAUCUGAGAAAUUUCUGUUAAGUUUGAAAAUUAUUCACACAUUAAUUUUCUCCCAUUUUAGAGUAUUUCUGAGGUUGAUACAUCUUAAUCCUAUGUUAUAGAAUCGACACAACUUGUAAAAUAUUUGUCUCCAUUUUGAACCUCUUUAUGCCUUUUUUAUGCAAAAAAAUUAAUACUGAGUGUGAAAUUAAAUAAAUUCACUUUAUUAUUA